AUGAAGAGUUCCUCUCGUCGAACAAAGCAGCAUGGCGUCUCCGAGUUGGAUACCGGCACUUACCAAAUCAGUCCAGAGGCCUUUGUCAUCCGCACUCUAAUUAAUCCACUUCGCCUUGUGCGCACACUGAUUCAAUUGGGUCAUGAGCCUCUUCCUCCUACCACCUCCACCUUUCCCUUCUCUCUGUUCGGCCUAUCUCAUUUUACCUUCUCUUGCUAUCCUAACGUGUUCAUUUACACACGUCAUCUCUUUCACACGUACGGAUUCUGGUCGGUCAUGACCUGUGGAUUCUUCUCCACCUUUUGUUUCGAUGCUCUUACUGAUGCUUACUGUUUUGUGAGUCAUCGAUACGUAGUAAGCAGUGCUCUCAAUGCUGGAGAGUGGCUAGAGGAUUCUGAUGUUGUGGGAGCGCCGAAAUUUAGGUUCGCAGAGGGCGCGAUGGGAAGACUUUCGAUCUCUCAGUUCGCAACGCACUUACUUAACCUCUGUUUUUUCAAGACCUAUGAGGUUCUUCUCACUCAACCAUUCUACGUGAUUUUGGUUCGGCAGGCAGCUAGUGUUGUUGGAAAUAAUUCUGGGUAUUCAUGGUUCUUUCAGGCUGUCAUGUCAAUUUUCAGAGAUAACGGUAUUAUGGGGUUCUUCUCUGGCAUUACUCCAAGGCUGAUAUUUGAAUUGUCUCACUUGCUACUCUUUGCCUCCUUGAGUAGGCUGUUGCGACCCCGUAUCUUCGGUUUUUUUGGAUCCUUGUCGAAGACAGUUCGUAACUCCACCUACACACUUUCCUACGCCGUCAGUAGCUUCCUAGCAUAUCGACUGGAGGUGGUGUCGUGCGUGAUGGCUUUACACGGCUCACGGAUACCGACGUUGGAGGCAGCGAUGGCAAACAGUUUCAGUGAUUGGCGCGAAUGUGAGCGCACUCUUGCGGUGGCUGGGCAGCUGCAACGAGGUUACUUUCCUUUUUGGCGCUUCUGUCCCUCCCCUGCUCUCUCUGCUUAA